AACUCGACUUGAAAUUAGGGGAGUCAGACCCCCAAGACGUCAAAUAGGCCCGGGAAAAGCCAUUAGCAGGAGGCAAGCCGGCUCGGUUCCGAGGUGUCACUGGACGGUGGACCAAGUAAACGCCGAUAGAGGUCCGGCCCGGGCCCAUCUCUUUCCCGUCAAAUCUUUGAAGCGGGGGUUGUUCUGCCCCUCUCUGUUUUAAGUGCAUAAUCAAAAACAUUCAUCGGGAGAGGGAGAGGGAGGGGGGAAUAGUAGUGGAGUUUCUGGGCAAGCAGGUAGGAAACCAUGAACGCCCCCGAUCGCUACGAGAGGUUCGUCGUUCCCGAAGGCACCAAGAAGGUUUCGUACGAGCGGGACACCAAGAUCAUCAACGCCGCUUCCUUCACCAUCGAAAGGGAAGACCACACCGUCGGCAACAUCCUUCGCAUGCAAUUGCACAGAGAUGACAAUGUGCUCUUCGCUGGUUACAAGCUCCCUCACCCUCUGCAGUAUAAGAUCAUUGUCCGGGUACACACUACGAGCCAGUCAUCACCCAUGCAGGCAUAUAAUCAGGCUAUUAAUGAUCUUGACAAGGAACUUGAUCAUCUAAGGAAUGCUUUUGAGACUGAGAUGGCUAAACAUUCAAGGGACUACUGAGUUGCGUUUGGGAACAGCUGUUUAAUCUUGCUUGCUCAUGUACUGAUAGCUGGCGGUGGUCUACUAGAAAGAACUGUGUUUGGUCAAUUAACAGAUUCUUGCUGGGGACGUAUAAAUGUAAUGGAUUCUCAAGGGUUUUGUCCUUGGCAAAUUGGCAUAUUCAGCUGUUCGUUUCUCUAGCUGGGGGUUCAAGAACCAUUUUUAAUGGACCUAUUGUACUUCUCUGUCUAAUGAUUGCCAUCAACUAUCGCGACAUUGCAGUCUAGUUGAAUAUAGUUAUGUGGUUUGCAUGA